UCUACCCUCCACUCACUCAUCGCAGCUUCGCUCCUCUCUCACGGCACCUUCCCUCGUUCCAACCCCGUGGCCUAUCCUUUCCUCCCUCCCUCCCCCUCUCCGCUCUUGCACCCGCGAGGACAUGAGUGGCAUCGCGGCUCACCAGGAUCCGAAGCCAGAAGCCCGGCCCUUCGUCAGGGCUGUCAGGAAGAUCAAAUGUGCAGCCAUGGUUCACAGCCUGGCUCGGAGCUGGCAGGGCUGGGCGACCGAACACUCUGACCGCCAGGACACCAUACCCUCCGGCUGGAUGCCCUGCUCCGUCACCGAGGGCGAGGAGGGCAGCGAGGCCAACAGCAAAGUCAAGUUGACGGUGAAACCGCGCGUGGUGGAGGCGGACGACGACGGAGGAAGCCAGAUCAAGACGAGCGCCGUGACGAAGCGGGCGGUGACUAAACCCAGCGAGGGGGGCGGCAACUUGAUCAGCGCUCUGAAGGAACGCAUCAUGGCGCCUGAGGACCCCGGCGCCAAGGACUUCCUGGGUGGCGGUUCACCCACUCGCCGGCGGCAGGUCCGGGCCCUGGCCCUGCAGAGCCAGAACCAGGAGCAGGACCAGGACAGGAAGCUGGGCUCGCGCAGCAGUAGUCUGGACACAGUGGACAGCGGCCUGGGAGACGAGGCAUCGUUGUCUGGCAACGGCAGUGAAAGCAGGCCAGCGCUGCUGAAGAAACAGCCCAGCAGACCCAAGAUUAAGGUGACCACCAUGAAUGACAUCAAGAGUCGCUGGCAGCAGUGGUCACAGCAGCACGUGGAGGGGCAGAAGCUCAACCCCUUCAGCGAGGACUUUGACUACGAACACGCCAUGUCCCAGCGCCUCCAGAAGGGCGACGCCGGCUACGGCAAGCCCAAAGAGGGCACCCGGACGGCGGAGCGCGGGGACCGGGCGCAGAAACACGUCCAACGGGAGAUGGAAGAGAUGUGCUUCAUCAUCAGGGAUAUGGGCCUGACAGACAAACUGGGUCGCAUCUAUAUCACCUUUGGACGUCUGUUUGACCGUUACGUUAAGAUCUCGGACAAGGUGGUGGGCAUCGCGCUGCGCUGCAGGAAACACAAGAUGUUGGAUUUUGAGGGGGAGAUGCUAUGGAAGGGCCAGGAUGAUCAUGUGAUUAUUACCCUGAAGGACUAAACACACACACACACACACACACACUCGCAGCCACAAACACACUAUUUCUCAAUUGUGUGUGCAGUGUAUGAGAAAUAUGUACAGUCGAUAUAAAAUAUGUAUCGACUCAAACACACAAACUUAACACAAAGACAUACAGCAGUACAAACAUUUAGAAACUCAAAUACCUCUACCACUUCUCCCUCCAGAGAAUUUCCGUGUUAGAAACUAUAAUAUGAUGAUGAUGGAAGAGGAAACUGAAUUAAACACUUAUUUCCAGCACUUUAUGGGAACAUUUCUUUCAAAGUGAAAGUAUCAAAGUCUUCUCACAGAAGGACUUUUUGUAAAUGUUUACAUCAUCUAUAAGUAGAUGCCCAUCUAUCUCAGGAGUUGACAUCUAUAGGCAGCUGUAAAGCUGUGGCAUAAAGGGCUUUACAGAUAAGAUUUAAUUUGAUCUGUGCAGAGCCACACAGGAUCCUGCGAAUCCCAGCAGAGCCACACAGGCUCCUGCCAAUCCCAGCAGAGCCACACAGGCUCCUGCCAAUCCCAGCAGAGCCACACAGGCUCCUGCCAAUCCCAGCAGAGCCACACAGGCUCCUGCGAAUCCCAGCAGAGCCACACAGGCUCCUGUGAAUCCCAGCUGCAUAACUCUCAACACUCACAAACAGAUUCCUGAAGUCAAUGUGUUCCUCACACCUAAACAACUGCUGCCCUGAUAGCUUUUGGACGGCCAAGUUAUCCUUCAGUCUGUGAACGGCAAUCUAAAGAAUAUUUUGACUUUACUCAACAAUUAAUGAUUUGAAGUGAAGUUAGGGUGUGUUGUAAUAGUGUUAUUGUUGUAACAUUUGUGAACUAACUUUCUAUUUAUGCUGUUUUGGUAAAUACUGUAUAAGGAUUUUGGAGUGCUGCUAGCCUUGAUACUGCAAAGUUGUAGCAUUAUAAAAUGUUUCAUGUUUUUGAAAAGUAUGUUUAUAAUGCUUUUACAAUGCUUCUUUGUUUAUUUAUUUCAAAUAGUCAGUCAUUGCCAUUUGAGUGAGGAAUUUGAAUUCCUGUUUUCUGGUCUAGAAUAUUUGUCAUAUGGUUGUGUUUUACCCCCCAAAAAGAUUCUUUGAUAAAAUGAGGUACUGUCAUCAAUACAUUAUUUGGAAUGUGUAUCCCUUGUUCUGCCUUCGGGUCUUGUGACCCACCGAUGGCAGCACAAGGGGUAUUCAUUGAAAAUCAAUGUGCCUGGGCAACAAUGAACCUGUAAAAAACUGUGGAAAAAAAUAUGUCACAGCAUGUGAACAUUUUAAAUUAGAGUAAAACUGUUUUAUUGACAGUUGAAAUAGGUUAACAACACACCAAAUUGUGCAGUACUCAACAUUAACAUUUUUGAAGAACCUCAAUUAGAAAUGAUAAAAAGUGGGAUGGCAUGCCAAGUCUGGUUGUUCAACAGUCUAUAACGUCCAACAUUUCUCUGUCGAAUGA